CUGGCGUUUGCAGGGCAGAUACUUUCUCUCUCUACCUCGCCUCCGAGCUUUCCCCAUUUUCAAACUCAUGUGCUCUUCAAUUACCUUGUAAAUGAAGAGUUCCUCUUUUUGAUUUUCUUUUUUUUUUAAUUUAUUCCCCCUGUUUUUGGUUCUACCGAAUUCAGCACUGGGAUUGCGGACGCGGGUAAAGAAAAUUGCAGGCUGUGCAUUGUCUCCUCAUUUUGAUGUAAUAACUGGGAAAGACAAGCCGAAUCGUAGAUUUUACUGCACCGCUAAUUCAGUCUGUCCAAGCUCUGGCCCGCCGCAGGCGUUGCGUGUUGUUUUGAGAUAUCAAAAUGAGCAAAAGUGAUGUAGAGAUGGAGGAUGCCGAAAAACUCUCUCAUGAUUCAGGAAAUAUUAUUCAAGAGUCGGAAAGUAAAGUGACUGAUGCUGAGGUCGAAAAUGAAGGAGAAAAACUCCACUGUGCAGCUGCUGUCACAGGGGUUGAAAAUAAAAGGGAGGAUGGUGGAGAGGACAUAAAUAAGUCUAGAAAUGAAGAUAAGGAUGAGACUGAUAUUAAGACUGAGGUGAAAGACCAAACUGAUGCUAAGAGUGAGACCAAUGAUCCAAUGAUCGCUGACGGGUCCGGCUGUGAACAAAUCAAUUCCAAAAGUGAGAAUGAAGAGCUAAUUAACACCAGAACUGAGGAUGAAGAGCAAACUGCUGCUAGGAGUGCAGUGGAGGAACAAACUGAUGCAAAAAAUGAAGUUGUUGAACAAAAUGCUACUAAUGUUGGGAUGAUGGAAGAGAAGUCCUCUGAGAAUGACAUGGAGGGUGAAGAUCAUGUGAGGAAAGUGGAGGAAAAAUCCGAUGAACAUGUUGCAGAGGAUAAGCCCAAAGAAAUUGGCAAAGAUGCAGAUUAUGUUAAACAUGAUUUGGGGGUUCAAAAGACUAUGGAAAACACUGAUGGUGUGAAUGAUCCUAGGGAAAACAGGCAACUGCAAACUGAAUUAUCUGCUAAUGAUGAUGGAAAGACGAUGGAAAACACUGAUGUUGUGAAUGAUCCUGGGGAAAACAAGCAACUUCAAACUGGAUUAUCUGCUAAUGAUAAUGGAAAACCGAUGGAAAACACUGAUACUGUGAAUGAUCCUAGGGAAAACAAGCAACUUCAAACUGGAUUAUCUGCUAAUGAUGGUGGAAAAAUGAUGGAAAACACUGAUGCUGUGAAUGAUCCUAGGGAAAACAAGCAACUUCAAACUGGAUUAUCUGCUAACGAUGGUGGAAAAAUGAUGGAAAACACUGAUGCUGUGAAUGAUCCUAAGGAAAACAAGCAACUUCAAACUGGAUUAUCUGCUAAUGAAGCUGCUCAAAGACAGAAUGCUGAGCUAUAUGAGGUAGUGCAGGGUGAGGAUGAAGAAAUGGAAGAUGCAGCUACCUUGGAGGAAGAUAGAACGGUUAAAGAUGAUCCAAAGGAAAUGGGUGAGGAAACAGGUCAUGUUAGCCGCGAAGCUGAUGGGAAUGGGGAGACUGUUGAAACUGCUGCCAAAACUGAUGGUGAACUUGCAAACCAGCAUGAAACUGCUGCUAAAACUGAUAGUGAACUUGCAAGCCAGCAUGAAGCUGCUACACCUCAGUCCCUUGUUAGAUAUUCUCCUACAAAGGCUGGAGACCAUAGUGGAGAAACAGUCAAGUCUGUUUUUACUCAAGCAACACUACCUCUGACAGGAGAGGAUGAUGAUGGAACGCCAGAGGAUCAAGUAGCAUUCAUGAAGGAACUUGAAAGUUUCUAUAGGCAGAAGGCAAUGGACUUCAAACCACCAAAAUUUUAUGGGCAGCCAUUAAAUUGCCUGAAGUUAUGGAGGGCGGUGAUUAGGUUGGGAGGCUAUGACAGGGUAACUGGGUCGAAGCUCUGGAGACAAGUGGGAGAGUCAUUCCAUCCACCGAAGACUUGUACAACAGUUUCUUGGACAUUCCGCAUUUUCUACGAGAAGUCUCUUCUGGAAUUUGAAAGGCAUAAAACACAAAGCGGUGAGCUUCAACUUCCAGUGGCAACUCUCCCUGAAGCUUCUGGUGUUGACGGUGAGGCUAAUUGUUAUCAAGGAUCAGGAUCGGGAAGGGCUAGAAGAGAUGCUGCUGCUCGUGCUAUGCAAGGUUGGCAUGCCCAACGCCUCUUUGGCAACAGUGAGGUUGGUGAACCAAUAGUGAAGGACAAGAAUCUUAACAGUACGGCAAAGCGUGAGAAAAAUCUCAAAAGCAUUGGUUCACUCAAACAGAAGAGACCAAGUGAAGUAGAUCAUUCAAAUAAAGCCGCUCGAACUGAAACAUCUAAGCAACUGGUGGCGUCUGUUGUUGAUGUUGGGCCUCCAGCUGACUGGGUGAAGAUUAACGUACGCCAAACUAAAGACUGCUUCGAGGUUUAUGCUCUUGUCCCAGGGCUUUUACGUGAGGAGGUGCGAGUUCAAUCUGAUCCUGCUGGACGUGUAGUUAUAACAGGGCAGCCUGAGCAAGUUGAUAAUCCCUGGGGGAUUACAGCUUUCAAAAAGGUAGUCAACCUACCGGCAAGAAUAGAUCCACUUCAGACUUCAGCCGUGGUCAGCCUGCAUGGGAGACUCUUUGUCCGUGUUCCUUUGGAGCAGUCAAAUAUCUAGAUUUUAAGAGUCUCAUCCCCAGUAUGCAAAGAAUCCAUCAUCGACUCACCACAGGUGAAUUCCAAUACCUGCACAAGCUUCUUUGUUAGUGUAUUGUAAGCUUAGACUGUUACUUCUGUAGUAUUGCGUUAGCAGUUAGGUUCAUAGAGCCGUCCCUAUGUUUAGAUAAAAGUUAUUAGUAAGAACGGCAUGGAGGCUUUUUCAGCUGUGGCCGCCCAUUAGCUUAGGUCCUCUUCACUGUAGGAUGAAUAGAGUGCUGAUUUGAUUAAUCCAAGACUCCUUUCCUACUUUCAUGAGUUCAAUAUCUCUUCUUGAGUUUCUCUCAACUUGCAUUCAAGUAGUAUAUUUGGCAGCAUUGAUAGCUACUAGUACAGAUGCUCUUUUUAUUGUGUAAUUUGAUCAAUUGUAUUUGCAUAUCAUACUGUUCUUGGAAAGUUUCUGCAUCUU